UAAAAAUCACACUACACCCUAAUCCCACCACAAUGCUGCAAUGAUGCAAGAGAACGUGCUUUAUUCUUUUCUUUAUCUUUUUCCUCUUUUAUUUGCGAAAUGGUUAAUUUUUCCACACUUUCGAUUGUCUCUUAGCAUUGUUAAAAUUACAACAUAUAACAUACAACAGUAGUAGAGGGAAAAGAAUAAACAGGGCAGUUCAACGUAAUGGCAGCGAAUAUCAAGUAUCUCGGCCAAAAGGCAGCUCAGUUGGUUGACGUGGACCUGAUGUCUAAGCAUGGAUACGUAAUCGAGCAGCUCAUGGAACUUGCCGGAUUCAGCGUUGCUCAGAGUAUUGCCAAGGAGUAUCCGGCCGGAAAGGUACUUCUGUGCAUAGGCCCUGGAAACAACGGCGGCGACGGGCUGGUGGCUGCCCGCCAUUUGAAGCACUUUGGAUACAAGACGUCCCUGUACUACCCAGUGCAGCCUGCAAAGGAUCUUUACAAAAAUCUUUUGCACCAAUGCGACAUCCACCAUAUUCCAGUCGUCACUGAUCUCACCACAGAGGCAAAGUCCAGCGAUCUGAUUGUCGACGCGAUAUUUGGAUUCAGCUUCAAGGGGUCAGUGCGGGCACCGUUUGACCAGGCACUUGACAUACUGCGUGGCGUAAACACCCCCAUUGUUUCUGUGGACAUUCCCAGCGGCUGGGACGUUGAGUAUGGCGAUGUCCAGGGCGUUGGCCUGCGUCCGGAUAUGCUGGUGUCACUGACUGUGCCAAAGUUAUGUGCCAAACAGUUUAACGGAAGAUUCCACUACUUGGGUGGAAGGUUCGUGCCUCCAGACAUGGCUGAAGAGCUGAAAGUACCAAAGUAUCCUGGAACAGACCAAUGUGUGCGCCUAGCUUAAGACAACACACGCAUUUUCCAGUUUUUAAAUAUAAAGAGAAAACAAAUUAA